AUGAGUAAUAAUAAUGGUAAUGAUAAUGAUAAUAAUAAGGGGACUAACGAGUCCACUUUAGCCCCUGCGACUGACCAAAGAAAUAGUGUAAAAGUAAACGAAUCUAACAACAAGGACAAAGACAAUGUAGAAGAACAAUUAUCUGAAGAAGACCAAAAAUUGAAAGACGAUUUGGAGAUGUUAGUGGAGACUUUGAAGGAAGAUAACCACGAUACCCAAAUCUAUUUAAAUUCUUUAAACCAAUUAAAAAUGUUUAUCAAAAAUUCAACAAAUUCAAUGACAGCUGUACCAAAACCUUUAAAAUUUUUACGUCCAAAUUAUCAUUUGUUAUGUCAAAUUUAUGAUAAAUGGAUAGAUCCAAGUUUAAAAUCCUCUUUAGCUGAUAUUUUGUCUGUUCUAGCAAUGACUUUUUUCGAUAAUGGUAAAUAUGAUUCACUUAAAUUCAGGUUAUUAUCCAAUAACUUUGAUGAUAUUCAAAAUUGGGGUCAUGAAUAUAUUCGUCAUUUAGCUUUAGAGAUUGACGAAGUUUAUCAAAUUCAAUUAGAAUCUACUGUCAAUAAUGAUACAGAUAACAAUGACAAUGACAACAAUAACAAUAAUAAGAAUAAUACAACUGUAAACACCACAAUAUCUAGUGAAACACAAUAUAUUGCAAAUCAGUUCUCUAAAGAUGAUAUCUUACAGUUGUCCUUAAACAUCGUACCUUAUUUUUUAAAGCAUAACGGUGAAGAGGAUGCUGUCGACCUUUUACUUGAAAUCGAAUCAAUUGAUAAAUUACCUCAAUUUGUUGAUAAUGACACUUAUAAAAGAGUAUGCCAAUAUAUGGUUGCAUGUGUUCCUUUGUUACCUUCACCUGACAACACAUCUUUCUUAAAGACUGCGUAUACUAUCUAUUUAAACCAUUCUGAAUGGACUGAUGCGUUAUCCUUAGCUAUUAGAUUAAAUGAUGAGACUUUAAUUAAAUCAAUCUUCGAUUUGACUAACGACCCAAUCAUGUUAAAACAAUUAGCCUAUAUUUUAUCAACUCAAAGAAUCUCAAUCCAACUUGAUGGAAAUAACGAUUCCGAUAAUUCAUUGAGGGAAAUCAUCGGUAACACAAAAUUAUCUGAACUGUUUCUUUAUUUGGUCAAAGAACUAAACCUAUUGGAACCGAAAGUUCCCGAAGACAUUUACAAAUCUCAUUUGGAUAACUCGAAAUCUCUUUUCAAUAAUUCUGGAUUAGAUUCUGCACAACAAAAUUUGGCUGCAUCCUUUGUUAAUUCCUUUUUAAAUAUGGGUUAUUGUAAAGAUAAAAUGAUUGUUGAUAGUGAUAACUGGGUUUAUAAGACAAAAGGUGAUGGUAUGACUUCUGCUGUGGCAAGUAUUGGUUCUAUCUUUCAGUGGAACCUUGAUGGGUUACAACAAUUAGAUAAAUAUUUAUAUGUGGAAGAGACCGAGAUCAAAGCAGGUGCUCUUUUAGGUAUUGGUAUAUCGGCUACAGGUAUUCAUGAUGGUGAUGUAGAACCAGCACUAUUAUUACUACAAGACUAUGUGACAAAUACCAAUCAAAAGAUCAGUUUUGCUGCUAUUCUAGGUCUUGGUAUUGCAUUUGCUGGUAGUCAAAAUGAGGAAGUGUUAAGUAUUUUAUUACCUUUGGCAUCUGAUACUUCUUUGCCUAUUGAAACUGCAACCAUAGCUUGUUUGGCCUUAUCACAUAUUUUUGUCGGCACAUGUAAUGGUGAUAUAACUACAUCCAUUUUAGAUAAUUUCUUAGAACGUAAUGUGAUGGAAUUAAACACAGAAUGGAUCAGAUUCCUUGCUUUAUCACUUGGUCUUCUAUACUUAGGUCAAGGUGAACAAGUAGAUGACGUUGUAGAGACUUUAAAUGCAAUUAAACAUCCAAUGACUUCCGCCAUUGAGGUACUAAUUAAUUCGUGUGCUUUCUGUGGUUCUGGUGAUGUCUUGUUAAUUCAAGAACUAUUACAUCGUUUAACUCCAAAAGCAAUGACCAAGCCAGGUGAAGAUGAAGAGGAUGAAGAUGAAGAUGAAAACGAUUCUACUACCGCUGCUGGUGGCUUGGAAGCAUUUUUAAGUCAACAAAAUGAUGUAAGUAAUAAAGAAGAUCAAAAUGAAGAUAACGAUAAUAUGGAUGUUGAUGCCCCUGAAGAUGAUAACAACAAUAGCAAUACUCAAGAAAAUGAUCAUAAGACUCCAGAACCUUCUGUUGAUGCUGGUCCAAGUGAAGAACAAGUGAAUAAUGUGAAGGAAGAAACGGAUACAAAUAGCCAUGAGGAUAAGUCAAAGGAAAAAGAUGGUGAAUCUAGCAAAAUAGAUGAAUUAGCAUUUGCUGUUCUUGGUAUUGCAUUAAUUGCCAUUGGUGAAGACAUUGGUAAAGAAAUGUCCUUACGUCAUUUUGGUCAUUUAAUGCACUAUGGUAAUGAACAUAUUCGUCGUAUGGUUCCAUUAGCAAUGGGUUUGGUUUCUAUCGCUGAUCCACAAAUGAAAGUGUUUGAUGCAUUAACAAGAUUUUCACAUGACACAGACUUGGAUGUUUCAAUGAACUCUAUUUUGGCUAUGGGUCUUUGUGGUGUAGGUACUAACAACGCACGUCUUGCCCAACUAUUAAGACAAAUUGCUAGCUACUAUUCUCGCGAACAGGAUGUUCUAUUUAUUACAAGAUUAGCUCAAGGUUUAUUACAUUUGGGUAAAGGUACACUUACAAUGGACAUAUUCAACGACGCACAUGUGUUAAAUAAGGUUACAUUAGCCUCUUUAUUGACUGUACUUGUUGGUAUGGUCUCUCCAAGUUUCAUGUUAGUCCAUCAUCAGUUAUUCUACAUGUUGAAUAGUGGUGUCAGACCCAAAUUUAUUAUAACGUUAAACGAGGAAGGUGAACCAAUCAAAGUUAAUGUUCGUGUAGGUCAAGCUGUAGAAACCGUAGGUCAAGCUGGUAAACCUAAGACCAUUACUGGCUGGAUUACGCAAUCAACACCUGUGCUACUAGGUCAUGGUGAGCGUGCUGAAUUAGAGAAUGAUGAAUAUAUCAGUUAUACAAGUAACUUAGAAGGCAUUGUAAUAUUGAAGAAGAAUCCAAAUUUUAAUAAAGAAGAUUUAUGA